AUGGUUAAAAAUAACCAUAGCUCGAAGACACUUGGAAAAUUAUUUCAAUUAUAUUUACCGAAAACUCAUCGAACAUAUAGUUGUGUUCAUUGUCGAGCACAAUUGGCAAAUCAUGAUGAACUCAUAUCGAAAUCGUUUCAAGGCAGUCAAGGACGAGCAUAUUUAUUUAAUUCUGUUGUCAAUGUAGAUACAAGUGCUGCCGAAGAACGUGUACUAUUAACUGGAUUACAUGAAGAACAUGCAUUUGAAUCCAGCCAAAAAUAUAAAGAAGGAAAAUACAUUAUUGAACUUGUUCAUAUGAUAAAGGACAAUGGAUGGGAUAAUAAUGAUGAGAAUCUAGAUAAAUCCGACUAUGUGAGAAAAUAG